AUGUCCCCUUGGGAGCGCUUCCGCGAGCUCUGCCUCCUUCGGUUUGGGCCACCGAUCCGUGGGAGCCGCCUGGCAGAGCUAGGCCGCCUUCCCUUCACCUCCACGGUGCAGGACUUCGCCGACCGUUUCCAGGCCUUGGCUUGCCACGCGUCGGGCGUGACGGCGCAGCAGCGGGCCGACCUCUUCGUCGGUGGACUCCCGAAUCACAUACGCGUGGACGUGGAGCUCCGGGGACCCCAGGAUCUCCAGACGGCCAUGUAUUAUGCCCGCGCCUUCGAGUGCCGCGUCCAGGCCGUGCAGCAGGCAACCCCAGCUCGAGGAGGCCAACAGGCCGCCCGACAGUCCCCGGCACCGGCCCGGCCACCCCCGGCCGCUCUGGUGACUACCACCCCGGCUGCGACGCGGCCUUUCCGUCGCCUCUCUCAGGCGGAGCAGCUGGAGCGUCAGCGCCUGGGGCUUUGCUUUAACUGCGAUGAGCCCUACGCGUCGGGCCAUGUCUACCCGUGA